GUAAAUAGUUUUUUAUUUUAAACAUUUUUUUAAACUUAUAAGAUUGUUAUUACGAUAUUUUAUUUUUUUAUUGUCAAUAUUCAAUGGAAGUGUUACCAAAGUUGAUUGUAUUUGAUUUAGAUUUAACUUUAUGGCCAUUUCGUACCGAUCAUUGUCAAAGACCUUUUAAACUUGUUUCUUUUGGCAGAAUAAAAGAUAAUGAUGGAAAUGAAUAUGAAUUGUAUCCUGAAGUACUUGACAUAUUAUCAGAGUUAAAAAAAAAAAAUUAUACAUUAGCAAUAGCAUCAAGAAUUGAAGAUAUUUCUACUGCUUAUCUAUUGCUAAUUUAUUUUAAUAUAUCAGAUUUUUUUAAGUUUAAAGAAAUUUAUCCUGGCUCGAAAAUAAUUCAUUUUAAAUGGUUGAAUUUGAAAAGCCACAUACCUUAUAGUCAAAUGAUAUUUUUUGAUGAUGAUAAACGUAAUAUUCAUACUGUAGCUAAAUUAGGAGUGCAUUCAUAUCAUUUGAAAGAUAAUAAAGGGAUUUCACUUGAAAAUGUACGUCAAAUAUUUAAUUAUAACAUAAUUAAUUAAUGUUUUUACUUUAAGUUAUAUCUAUAAAUAAACUUAUUUUGAAA